AUGGGAGAAGUCCAUCAGUCCGUUCAACUAGAUUUCGAACCAUGGAGUCUCGCUUUGACCAACACACAAGAGCUACUUAUGACGCGCAAUGAUGUUUCACCACUGAUUCAUAAACUAUCCGAGGACAGACGAGUAACGACAUUUGCUAGCACAAGCCCAGCAAAAGCCUGGAACAUCAGUGUUAGUGACAGUGAUGAGGUAUUCGUAAGUACCAACUCUAGAGAAAUAUUGGUGCUGAACAUGUCCGGGGACAGGGUCAAACAACUCUCGUGUGGUCAGGACUGGUGCCGUAUUGCGUGCUUGACUACUGGAAUUGUUGCAGUUAUCACCGAUGGUGUUUACUGGCAAAAACCGAAAAUCAUUGAUAAAUCUGAUCAGGUCAUACACACGUGGAGUGGAAAGCUGGACAGUGGUAAAUCCAUUUUACGGAAGGGACAGAAUAGUAUAGCGUGUGAUAACUUUGGCAGAGUGUUUGUACCUGACACUUACAAUAACCAGGUAUACGUCCUUCCCCCGCGUAAUGAUACAAUGGCUCUAUUGGACAAGAAACAUGGGAUAACAUCCCCAACAGCUGUUUGUGUAGACAAAUGCGGGGAUGUUUGGCUCGGCUGUAUUGAUGGCACAGUACAUGUGAUGCAGCUGUGA